AUGGCGUGCGAAGCGUCCAACGCCUCGUCCUUUGUGGACUCCGCGUUCGAUGAUAGCUGGCUUAACCCAAACCAGAGUCAGCAAGACGGACUCGGAGCCAAUCAAGAAUUCAACGACAAUUUCAACACGGAUGGCAACAACACUGUUGACCCUCAGCUCACGUUCAGCAACCUGAAUACGCCAGACAAUCGCUUCAACGCGGCCUACGACGCCUCUGUCAACGGUAUUGCUGAGACGCUCAGUCCAGAACCAUCGGCGUAUGGGACGUAUCCGACGGUAGAUUUCGGCGGUCAAGAUCACGGCAGUCCAUUCUUCCAGUCUAUCGAGCCCAACCAGGCGCCGGUAUACCAGCCACCGCCCCUUCGCAACCAUCCGUUCCGUCGGUCCGUCUCAGAGCCCCCGGGUGGGCCAGAGAUGCCGCCGCAGCAACAACCUCCGCCCAUCACCUUCCAUCGGGACAACCAUUAUCUUGGCAAGCCGAAGGACUCCCGGCCGAUGCCGCUCAAGAGCCUUCCAAAGAACAAGCAGCAGCGUCGCCAGCCAUACCCUCUGAAGAUGGACAGAGGUGGAUACGAGCAGCUGCGUCCAGAGCAUCGGCGCGCGCAGACUCAACCUGUUCGUCUGUAUGCUCCGACUAGUACUCCUGUUCCGAUGCCGCAGCAAUACAUGCCGCAAGCGAUGAUGUAUGGCAGGCCACACAUCAGUGCUCGGGUGUGUAGUCCGAUGCCAGGAGUGGCCAUGGCUCAAUCACCACCACAGAUGAUCGAUCCAGCCCUGAGCGCUCCACCAACCGAUUCGAAGAAGCCGCAGCCGGGCAAUCACCAGGCUCAAAACACAGUCUCCAUCUCAAUGACCGUGGGGGAGUUGCGUAGCAUGAUCUUCGAAGCGGUACGACAGGCCGUGAGUGGACCUGAGAACAAGCCCAGCACGUCCGACAAGGGAUGCAUCGCUGCAACAAGCCCGGCAGACGCAGUGCCUAGUCAAGAGACCAUGCCUGUACAGGCCGAAAAUGACCAGUAUGUAUCCAAUUUUCCCAGAACGUUGCAGUGUACUCACACAGUACAGGUAA